UCCUUCGUUGAGAUGAGAAGCAAAAAAAUAAAAAUAAAAAGGUAUUUGUAAUCUUCUUCUUCUUAUCUGUGUUCCCAGGUCUUUGCGAUCGAUCUUCAGUGAUCAAUCGAUCAUGUCGAUGCUAGAUUCCUUCUUCAAUAAGGGUUUCAAAGCUGCUAAAUGCAAAACCUUGCUCAAGUUGACGAUCCCUAGGAUUAAGCUAAUCAGGAACAGAAGAGAAGCUCAGAUUAAGCAAAUGCGUCGUGAGAUUGCUAAGCUUCUUGAGACUGGUCAAGAAGCUACUGCUCGUAUUCGGGUUGAGCAUAUUAUAAGGGAAGAGAAGAUGAUGGCUGCUCAAGAGAUCCUUGAGCUUUUCUGUGAACUCAUUGCUGUUCGUCUUCCCAUUAUUGAGGCACAAAGGGAAUGUCCUCUAGAUCUAAAAGAAGCAAUAUCAAGUAUAUGUUUUGCUGCCCCGAGGUGCUCUGACCUGACAGAGCUGCAGCAGGUCCAGAUACUGUUUGUAUCCAAGUAUGGAAAGGAAUUUGUUGCCGCUGCAUCUGAGCUCAAGCCGGAUUCCGGUGUCAAUCGUAAGUUGGUGGAGUUGCUCUCUGUGCGUGCACCUUCCCCAGAAACUAAACUGAAACUUCUCAAGGAAAUUGCUGAAGAACAUGAACUUGAUUGGGACCCUGCUUCCACAGAAACCGAUCUCUUCAAAUCGCAUGAAGAUCUCCUUGAUGGACCAAAACAAUUUGGUGGGGGAUCUAAGCUUCCACUACCGGAUGAACAAAUUGAAGGGACACAUUUGACAUCCGUUUCAGCGCCAAAAGAGAAAUCUGAUUCU